AUGUUAGAUCCCGAUCCGUGGGAUCCAUCCGUUUUAAAAUAUAUAACAAAACCUCAAAAUCUUGUUUGCUCACACCUUCCACCAUUAACUUAUAUCGAUCAAUUGGAAAAUACGACAAACGUCUUAAAAAUUCAUAAGAAAUAUUUAAAAAAAUAUAAAAUAAAUUUAAUAAAUAAUUUUAUACAAUGUUGUUAUAGUUUGAUAACAAGAACAGAACAAAAUCCUAACAAAUAUAAUAUAAGCGCUGAUAAUGUAUAUCACGCAUCGAAAUGUGAAAAUUUUACAAAUGAAAUCAUCUUACCAAACGAUGCAGAAUUUAUUUUUGUUAAAUGUUUAAGUUACCAAAAAGGAAAAAAAACGGGGAAAGAAUUUUAUAAAAAUGUGCAUUCGGUAGUACCCAUGUUACCAUCGGCUGACGAAAAAAUUAAAAAUAAAAAAUCACGUUCGGAAAAUUUCGAUUCUACCGAUAAUGAUGAUGACGACAGACUCAACGUAAUUAUUUUAGGAAUCGAUUCCGUAUCGAGAAUUAAUUUGAAAAGGAUAAUGCCGAAAACGUUAAAAUAUCUCCGGGAUAAAAAUUGGAUACAAUUGAAUGGCUACAAUAAAAUAGGGGAAAAUACAUUUCCAAAUUUAAUGGCUAUUCUCAGCCGAGAAUCGAUGAAAAAUUUAAAUCAAGAUACUCCAACAAUAUCAACGUUUAAUUUCAUGAGAACGGGUUUCGUUGAAAAACCAACGGAUUAUUACAUGAGACCUUUUAUGUUAGCAGCUCAUCAUUUGUUACCUUUAAAAGUAUUAAAUGGACUUCCGGUAUGCACGGGACCCAUACUCGUCAUAGAUCACAUAUUAGACUACGCUAAAAAUUUUUUUAAAGUUUUCAAUAAUCACAAUCAUUUUAGUUUACUAUGGACGAACAGUUUAGGACACAAUGAUUUGAAUGCACCGAAAGCUUUGGACAACAGCGUUUAUAAAUUUUUAAGUGAUAUUUCACAACUCGGCGUCUAUGAGAAUUCGCUAAUAUUAAUUUUAAGCGAUCACGGAAUAAGAUUUGGAAAUAUAAGAGAAACGUUUAUCGGUUACAUGGAAGAAAGAUUACCUUUCAUGUUUAUAUGGCUUCCGAAAUGGUUUCAAGAUAAAUAUCCGGAAAAAUAUAAUAAUUUACAAGUAAAUCAAAACAGGUUGACAUCUCCCUACGACGUUUACGUCACCAUUAAAAAUCUUUUAAAUUUCGUCACGCAAAACGAAAAUCGUAACGAAACGUAUUAUUAUUCGUCGAAUAAUGAAACAACUGCUGAAAAACCCAAAUCGUUGUCCUGUCCGAAAUCAACCGGUUUGCUAGAAGUACAACCUUUGGAAAGAACUUGCAAAGAUGCAUGCAUAGAUGAAAAUUGGUGUAUGUGUUCGGAAUUUCGAAAUUUACCGGUUAGGGAAAAAGCAGUGAUCGAUGCAAGCGAUAUCAUGUACAAUUUCGUUGUUAACAAAACGAAUGAAUUAAUUAAAAUGGAAAAAGUUAAAAAGGGUUUGUGUUCCCGUUGGACCUUUUUAAAAAUUUACAGAGCGCAAGAAGUCAUCGAUUUGAAUGAUAACGACGACGAUGAAAACGAUAAUAUUAACCGUUUGAAAAUUGAUUUCGUUUCGAGAAUAUUCGUUAUUAUCGUCGAAUUGAAUCCCGGACGAACGAAAUUCGAAUCCACCGUUAAAAUGUUUUUUAAUUUAAAUGGGGAAAAAUCACAUUACGAAUUUUUAGAAUCUCCCAAAAGGUUGGACAGCAUUUACAAAACUUCCAAAUGCGUUAAUUCAGCUUCUCUCAAACGUUACUGUUAUUGCGUUAAACAAUAA